AUGCUCCAAGCAGAACUCCUGCUCACAAAGCCACAGCCCUGCUCGGUCGUCACAGCAGCAGCCCCGGUUGCCAGCCCCAAGCCUGGGAAGAGGCGUCGGGCGCUCAAGCAGCACGAGCUGCCCCAGGCAGCAGGCUCUGAGCUCCGGGGGAGCAGCGUGGGGGGCUCCCACGGGACAGCCUUUCCGUGGAUCUUGGCUGACGGUGGGGAAGGAGACGUGUACUGCAUCGAUGCGCGUUUCUAUGGCAACAUCGGCCGCUUCAUCAACCAUCACUGCGAGCCCAACGUCUUCGCUGCCAGGGUCUUCACAUCCCAUCAGGACGUGCGCUUCCCCAGGCUGGUCUUCUUCAGCGCGAGGGACAUCAGAGCUGGAGAGCAGCUUGGCUUCGACUACAAGGAGGAUUUCUGGGCCGUCAAAGGCAAAUCCUUCAGCUGCAAAUGCGGCUCUGGCAGGUGCAAGUACACGAGCUGGGCGCUGGCCAAGCGCCAGGCGCGCGCCCUGUCCCGCAGCAGGAAGCCAAAGGAGGCCCCUGUCAGCAGCUGGGCGGCAAAGGCUCCACGGCACAGGCACUCAGUGGGUGUCACCCUGUGUGCUGGGCUUGGCGGGGAGAGGGUGAGCUGUCCCUGGCACUGCAAGGGGCUGUGGGCAGGAGGGAAGAGGGAAGAGAGAAGAAAGAAGAGGGAAGAGAGAAGACAG